GGCGCGGCGCGGGGCGCGGCCGCUGCAGCGGCAAGUGCGGGAUCGGGCGGAGAAGGCGGCGUUAGCGGCAGCAGGGCAGCGUCAGACACCGGCACCAUGCGUGAGAUCGUGCACAUCCAGGCCGGGCAGUGCGGCAACCAGAUCGGCGCCAAGUUCUGGGAGGUCAUCAGCGAUGAGCAUGGCAUCGAUCCCACGGGCAGCUACCACGGGGACAGUGACCUGCAGCUGGAGAGGAUCAACGUCUACUACAAUGAAGCCACCGGUAACAAGUACGUCCCCCGUGCCAUCCUGGUGGACCUGGAGCCCGGCACCAUGGACUCCGUGCGCUCCGGCCCCUUUGGACAGAUCUUCCGGCCGGACAACUUUGUCUUUGGUCAGAGUGGGGCUGGCAACAACUGGGCCAAGGGGCACUACACGGAAGGUGCUGAGCUGGUGGACUCUGUCCUGGAUGUGGUGAGGAAGGAGUCGGAGAGCUGUGACUGCCUGCAGGGCUUCCAGUUGACCCACUCGCUGGGCGGUGGCACGGGCUCUGGGAUGGGCACCCUCCUCAUCAGCAAGAUCCGGGAGGAGUACCCCGACCGCAUCAUGAACACCUUCAGCGUCAUGCCCUCCCCCAAGGUGUCGGACACGGUGGUGGAGCCCUACAACGCCACCCUCUCUGUGCACCAGCUGGUGGAGAACACGGACGAGACCUACUGCAUUGACAACGAGGCCCUGUAUGACAUUUGCUUCCGCACCCUGAAGCUGACCACUCCCACGUACGGGGACCUCAACCACCUGGUGUCGGCCACCAUGAGCGGCGUGACCACCUGCCUUCGCUUCCCCGGCCAGCUGAACGCCGACCUGCGCAAGCUGGCGGUCAACAUGGUGCCUUUCCCCCGGCUGCACUUCUUCAUGCCGGGCUUUGCCCCUCUCACCAGCCGUGGCAGCCAGCAGUACCGAGCCCUGACGGUGCCCGAGCUGACGCAGCAGAUGUUCGACUCCAAGAACAUGAUGGCCGCCUGCGACCCCCGCCACGGCCGCUACCUGACGGUGGCCGCCAUCUUCCGGGGCCGCAUGUCCAUGAAGGAGGUGGACGAGCAGAUGCUCAACGUGCAGAACAAGAACAGCAGCUACUUUGUGGAGUGGAUCCCCAACAAUGUGAAGACGGCCGUCUGCGACAUCCCCCCGCGCGGCCUCAAGAUGUCCGCCACCUUCAUCGGCAACAGCACGGCUAUUCAGGAGCUCUUCAAGAGGAUCUCGGAGCAGUUCACGGCCAUGUUCCGGCGCAAGGCUUUCUUGCACUGGUACACCGGCGAGGGCAUGGAUGAAAUGGAGUUCACGGAGGCCGAGAGCAACAUGAAUGACCUGGUCUCCGAAUACCAGCAGUACCAGGAUGCCACUGCUGAUGAGCAGGGGGAAUUUGAAGAGGAAGGAGAGGAGGAUGAGGCGUAAAGUUGCAAUGGGUAGGAGUUAAGUAUAGUCUGAGCAGGCAAGUGUUCAUUGAGAGGAGGAAUCUGUGCAGUUGUGCUGAAGCAUGCAUUUUUUUAAUUUGGUGCUCUCCACUGUUGCUUCUGUCAGCAGUUUUGUAUCCUUGACUGUCCAAUGUAACAGUAGUUGCAAAAAUACUUCAGAGUCUUCUGUUGAAAUGGUUAACUUCUCAAACAUAAAGGCUUUUUGUGUCCUAAA